UCGUCAUGGCGGAGGCGGAGUCUCACGGCAUCGUCAUCGUCGGCGGCGGCAUCUGCGGCCUCGCCACCGCUCUUGGUCUCCACCGGAAAGGGAUUGCGAGCCUUGUGCUGGAGAAGUCUGAAGUCUUGCGGGCAGAGGGCGCGGGCAUCGGUGUCCAGGCCAACGGGUGGCGAGCUCUGGAGCAGCUUGGCGUUGCCGCAGAGCUCAGGAAGACUGCCGGUCUCAUCACUGCGUAUCAUGACGUGUGGCUGCAGGGGGGUAAGAGUACCCGGGACCGGUAUCCAGUCAGGACGGAGCUCCGGUGCUUGAACAGAAAGGAUCUGAUCGAGGCACUGGCCAAGGACCUACCUGCCGGGGCGAUCCGAUUCGGCUGCCGCAUCGCUGCCGUCCACGCGGAUCCCGGCGGCCACGGCGCCGUUCUUACGAUGGCGGACGGCGCUACCAUGAAGGCCAAGGUCCUGAUCGGGUGCGACGGCGGCACGAACUCGGUGGUGGCCAAGUAUCUCGGGCUGCCGCCGGUGAGGACGAUCCCUCGCCCGGUGCUCCGGGGGUUCACGAGCUACCCGCACGGGCAUCCGUUCGAGAACGAGUUCCUGCGCCUGAGGGUCGGAGAUUUCUUCAUCGGGCGGCUGCCGAUCACCGACAACCUCGUCCAUUUCUUCGUCACCAUGGCCAAACCUGCGGCAGAUGAAGGGCUCACCGGCGGGGACUUGAGGGGCGUGAGGGACCUCGUGCUGCGGGACCUGGAGGAGCUCCAGUGCCCCACGGAGAUCACCGAGGUGGUCCGGCGGUCGGACCCGGAGUCGCUCAACCUGGUGACCAACUUCUGGUACCGGCCGCCGUGGGAGGUGGCGCUCCGGGGAUUCCGGAGGGGCGUUGUGACGGUGGCCGGCGACGCCAUGCACGCCAUGGGCCCGUUCAUCGGCCAGGGCGGCUCCGCGGGGCUGGAGGACGCCGUCGUGCUCGCCCGGUCGCUGGCGCGGGCCGUGGGCGCCGCCGCCGCCGCUGGUGAUGACAGCAAGCCCCCGCGGGAGGAGGAUGCGGUGGUCGGCGAGGCGCUCGGGGCGUACGUCAGGGAGAGGCGGCUGCGGCUGACGCUGCUGUCGCUGGAGUCCUUCAUCAUGGGGGUGCUGCUGGUGCGCUCGCCGUCACCGGCCGUGAAGCUCGCCUGCGUGGCCGUGCUGGUCCUCCUGGGCAGCAAGUCGCUCAGGCAUGCCAACUUUGACUGCGGUCGCCUCUAGACUACUCAAGCUGCCGCUCUCAUGUGAAUGAUCUGGAUUUGUAUUUGCUUCCGAAAGAUAGUGGAUUUCAAUAAAUCUCAGCUUUUGGGUUUCCUCUCUAUAAA